UAUUGUCAUAACUUUUUCAAGGCUAAAAUACUUUUUUCUACCACUGCUUUACUAUGCAUAAUACAUUAUAUUUAAUAAUUUUAGCUUUACAGUUUUUCCUUCGUUAUAUACAACUCUAUGUAUGUAAUCGGCUGGUUUGAGCAACAACAGGAUUUCCUUGCUUGUGAAAGUGCAGUUUCCUCCAUAUGGGUGUGGAAUAGCUGGGAAAUUCCGCCCUUCUCUUCAGGAACAUGUAAUUGAUAUUUUGCAAGAACACUGAGAAUGAAUUUCUAAAGGACAGAUGCAUUCCAGAAACUCACAAAUGGCAGCAGCGAAAGUUUUUCUUAGCCCAGACAUGUCUCUUUUUGAAGUUCCACCAUCUACUAUGGAACAUUUUUGCAAUAUCAUGGAUUGCAGUGAUGGGACAUUGGGAUGGAGAGGACUGGCUGAACAUUUCACUUCAGACUGGAUGGAGUUUUGUAAGAUUGAAAAGUAUGCCGAACAAGGAAAAAGCAGAACAAGGGAACUAUUGUGGAGCCUGGCACAUAAAAAUAAAACCGUGGGUGACCUGUUGACUGUGCUAAAGGAAAUGGGACACAAGAGAGCACUUAAAUUAUUUAUGAAUCAAGAUGUAAACUGGCAGAAUGCCUGUUCUGUUGGAUUGAAAGCUCUCCCCUUGCAGAAAUGUGACAUUCAAACACAAGAAGAGAAUACUCUUUCAUCAAUCAGCUUGCAAAUGAUCAUAAAAGGAACCAAUGACUUCCAUCAGAACUUUCUGAUUGCAGAAGGAGAGUUCUUCAAAGUUUACAAAGCAGAAGUACACAGACAAUCUUGUGUUGUAAAGGUGCUUAAACAGGAUAAACAUCUGGCAGAACCAAAGCAGUGGAACUUGUUUAUAUCCAAACUGAUGGCAUUACCCAGAUUUCAGCAUCCAAACAUAGUACAGCUGCUUGGAUAUCUGUCAUACCCUGAAAAGACCUUCCUUGUGUGCCCCUAUAUGGUAAACAGAUCACUCUAUGAAAGGAUAAAGUGCACAGAAAAGAGUUCUCCACUACCUUGGCAAAUUCGCUACAAUAUAUUAGUUGGUGUAGCAAACCUGAUCAAGUAUCUGCAUUCAAUGAAACCACGCCCAGUCAUCUGUGGAAAUAUAACCAGCAAAAAUAUACUGCUUGAUCAGCACUUCCAUCCAAAGCUCUCAGAUUUUGCCAUGGUCCAUUUAAGGUCCUAUAUGAUAAAUCACAAUUACACCAUAAAGAUGGAUCAUGCCACCUGCAAGUUUCUGGGAUACUUGCCAGAGGAGUACAUUAGUAGAGGAAAUUUGUCAUCCAAAACCGAUAUGUACAGCUAUGGUGUUGUGAUGAUGGAAGUCUUAACUGGAUUUGAGACUCUAAUUAAAGGAUCGAAAGAUACUUAUUUGAGAUAUUUGUUGUGGGAGCAAAUGGAAAAAAGUGGACUGGAAUCACUAUUUCCACUUCUUGAUAAAAAAGCUGGUAAAUGGCCCCAGUGUGUUGCAAGGAAUCUUUUUAACUUAUGUCUUGACUGCACAAUAUUACCUGCCAUACUAAGACCUACAGUUGAAGAGGUUUUGGAAAGAACAGAGAGUGCCAAGAAUGUGGGAACAUACAAAGAGGAUUUACCAAAAUCAUUAAAAUCUUUAGGAGCUUUGAAUUAUCCAGAAGAGAGUGAUGAAAGCCUCUGUCCAGUCAGAAUAAUCCAAGGGACAGUACCAUCAGAAAUUCCUUAUGAAUGUAGUCAAUCUGAGGUGACAUUUUUAGGGGUUGACAGGAAUGGAAAAGAGUGGAAGACUGCAGGGACAACAAUUUCUUCUGUAAAAACGAGUGACAAUCCAUCAUACGCUGAUUGUAGAGCUCAGUUGCCAGAGCCAUCCUAUUUAAUGCCUAUUGAAUGUAGCUGCUCAUCACCACCAGACAGUUCAAAGUCCUGUGACGGAUGCAUAGCAAAUGGCUUUGGACACAGUAUCUCCUGGUCUACACAAUAGAUGCAAUUUACAUCUAUACCUACUGUGGUGAAUACACCACUAAGCUAACUAAACUAAAAGUUUUGUACAAACUAAUUUAACCACAGUUGUCAAGAUGACAUUUAUCUUUACAGCUGACCCCUUUAAGCAAAACUAAUUAUAAAACUGAAUACAGAACAAAUACAGGAAUGUUAAUCAGCCCCAUUUUCAGUGUGAUGAUGGUCCAGUAACAAAGUGAGGAUUGGGUGCACAAACCCCAAACUCACAGCUUAAAGGAGAAUGCUCACAAUGCUUAGUUUGUCCAGCUUUUCUGUAGGAAAUGCGCCGCUGGCAGAAGCAGAGUCUAAGGGGGUUAUAUAUCACAGGUCGAGUUUUAAACGUUUGUGAGGUUUUUUAUACCUCAAAUAAACUCACAACUUGAAUGUUUAAGAAAAAAACUUGAAUCAGUGAAAUCGGGGUGAAGAACCAGAAAACUCGAGGAAACCCACCGUAAGAACCUGAACAUUAUGAAGGGUACAGACAUCUUCAAAUGGUUGAAGGGAUCAUUGACUUUUUUCAUGACAGGGUUUAGCUGGAGUAUUUUCGGAUUCAAGCUAUUUCCAGGUUCGGGGUAUAAUUAAACCUAAGAAAUUCGAGUUUUGACUGAAAAAUACCCUUGAAAAGUUGCCAGUUUUUCUAAGUGAAAUCCAGGGAUGCCUAUAAAAGUCUUGUGUGAUAAGUGUGUUGUGUAAAUUUUUAUUUAGGUCACACCUACUUUUUACCACUCCCUAGGACAACACUAACACCAGGUCAAGUUCAAUUAAAUACAGAAUAUAAAUGUUUGCAUGUUAUGCAUAGUAUAUGCUUCUGCAUCAGCAUGUGUCAUUUACUGUAUUCUUUCCUUAUAGCUGUGUAAAAUGGCACCCUUCCUUAUUGUUAUAAAAACAGCUAUAACUGUUAAUGCCAGUGUCAUUUUAAUUUCUCAUACAUAUUUAUUAAAUUGUAAACAAUUAUCACUUGCAUUGCUGAAUUGAUGAGGCACAGCUUAUUCUGUAUGUUUGGGUCAAAUGCAGGUUCAGUUAGGGCCAGUCACAUUUACUUUAAAGGGGUGGUUCACCUUCAAGUUAGCAUUUAGUAUGUUAUAGAAUGUCCUAUUCCUAGCAA